AUGAUGGUACAAGCUAACAAAUUCUUUUUCUUCAUUAAAUUCUGCGCAUUUUCUCUUUUAAUACGGACAUAUCAGAAUUCACAUAAGACAAAUACAUAUGGAAUAUCAUAUAUUAAGAAAAUUGACCUAAGUAAUUCAUUAUAUGUAAGAGUAGACAGAUUAUUAAAUGAAGAAAGAGGUUUACAUUCCCCCAAUGGAAGCAUACCUUUAAAAAAAAUGUCUCAAAAAAACUUUAAAGUGUCAUCUGAUACAUCAUAUAAUAAUGAUAACUAUGAAGGACGGCAUAGAAAAUUAAAAGGAAAAUCGUCAAAAAAGGAAAAAAACGUAUCACCAUCUAUUAUUAAAUCUAAAAAAGGAUUAGAUGAUACAUAUAAUAUUAAAAUGGUAAAAGCAUUUGAUAAUGAAUUCAAAGAAAUAAAUAAACUUAAGUGUGAAUUUUCACAAAAAUUUUUAAGGCGUAUUCUUGUUAUUAUUCCAGUUAUAUUGUUCAGUAUUGCUGCAUUGGUGUUAGUAAUGCUAACAAAUACUAAGGGCAUUCAAGAUAACCUUUAUGCCACAUUAUCCUUUCCAAUAUUUGUUUCAAUAUUUAUUUUAACAGUAUUAGUUACUUACUGUAAAUUAUUGAAAAAUAUGUACAAGGGUAAUAAUAAGUAA